AAGAAACCAGCAGAUCAUGAGCAAACGCAGCUUCUGACAAAGUUGACUGCUGUUCUGACCCAAACCUUUUUGCUUUCUGAUUAGAUUUGCAGGCAUCACAGGUUUUCACUCAUUUAUAGCUUCUGCCAUUUUUUUUUAAUGCCAUUUUGAUUUUGCAUGAUCAGUCUCUGAAACCUUCUGCUUCUCAACACAAAGGACGUAUGUAAACCUCUUUGAUCUGCCACGGAUGAUUUUCCUGAAACACUCGACUGAUUAAUGGAUAAGACACUGGAAACAGCUCUGACCCUUUUCUUCAUCCUUUGUGUUCCUACUCAAAAAGUUGGAGGGCAAAUGUUGGGAACCAAUGGAGAGUACAAACAAUCACCACGUUCCUCAGAUCUGAAAGCAGGCCGUUGCUCCUACACCUUUAUUGUCCCACAGCAAAAAAUUUCAGGAGCUCUGUGUUUGAACACACACUCCCCAAUGCUCAACAAAUCAGAGGUUGCAGCUCUGCAGUUGGGGUUUAAACAGCAGCAGGAACAGCUGGAGAAGCUGCAGAAACAACUGGAGGAUGAAGGGUCUCUUGCCACAGAGGUAAGAGCCCUACGCAAAGAAAGCAACAGCAUGAAUUCUCGUAUUGCCCAACUUUAUAACCAGCUGCUGCGUGAAGUCAUCCAAAAAAAGGAGCAGGCUGUGGAGCACCAAAGGUUGGAGAGCCUCCUCCUCAAUGCUACAACACAGGCUUUGCAGGUUUCCAGUAGUUACAGGGAACUGGAGAAGAAAUAUGGAGCCCUCACCUCCACGAUAAGUUCCCAGAACCAAUUCAUAGCCAAACUUGAAAAGCAGUGCCAGUGUAGGCAUUCCAGCCAGACCUUUCAAACAAUGACGGAACCCCCCAAAAGCAGUGAUACUGAGCACCAUAACCACAGCAUUGAAGCAAGCAUAAUGACAAAUGAUGUUCAGAGGGACCAGAGUGCUCCUUUACAUCAGCUUCAAGUGAAAACAGUCGUCGAUCAUUCCCUUCCUACCUCUACAAUCAGCCCCCCUACUGAAUUGCCUUUUGUUGGCUUCCCUGUAACAAAAUCUCCAGGGCCAUGGAGAGACUGCCAGCAUGUUCUAGAUUCAGGCGAGACCAGCAGUGGGAUCUACCUGCUUCGUCUUCAGAGCGCCAACCUACUCUUGCAGGCCUGGUGUGAGCAGAGUCAGGCUCAGGGUGGCUGGACCGUCAUCCAGAGGAGACAGGAUGGGUCCGUCAACUUCUUCAGGACAUGGGAGCAGUACAAGCAAGGAUUUGGAAACCUAAAUGGAGAGUACUGGCUUGGUCUAGAACACCUCUACUGGUUGGCGCAGCAGGCCAAGUACAAACUCAGGGUUGUCCUUGAAGACUGGCAGGGCCGGCAGGUGUUUGCUGAAUAUGACAGCUUCCACCUGGAGCCAGAGAACGACUGGUACCGCCUGCGCUUGGGACGGUACCAUGGAAACGCAGGAGACUCUCUCUCAUGGCACAACAACAAGGCCUUCACUACUCUGGAUCGAGACAAGGACAGCUACGCAGGUAACUGUGCUCAUUAUCAGAAAGGAGGCUGGUGGUAUCACACUUGCGCACACUCCAAUCUGAACGGUGUGUGGUAUCGGGGUGGACACUAUCGAAGCCGCUUCCAAGAUGGGGUCUACUGGGCUGAGUUCCAUGGAGGAUCCUACAGUCUGAAAAGGGUUUCCAUGAUGAUCAAACCCACUUAACUGCAUUGCUGCAGAUAACACAGGAUUUCAUUACAAGGAAACAGAACACAAUAAAAAAGAAAUUUAGAGGUUUGAAACAAAAUACAUUAUUCUAAAAAAAAUUUAAUGGACAUAUUAUUAUUUACAUAAACCCUUAAGGACGAUGUUUCCUCUAACUCUGUUCAAAUCUUCAAAUUCCAAAAAGGGAAAGUGGUUGUUUGUGAGACUGGGCGUUUCUUUCUCAUGCUCAGAUUACGCUGCAGUUUCCUGAGUUUUACACUGUUGGUCAUUAUCUCUCAGUGAUGUGAAUCUGCUUACAAUAUUUCCAUGUCAGGAGAAUCUUUCUCACGUCUUUGAUGGAAACCAAUGAUCCACACCUGUUUGUGUUUUCAGAGGAUUUUACACACUGUUUUUUGUUUAGUUUCCACCUGUGUUAUUAAGCCCCUGCCUUUCAUUUCCCAUUGCCCACUCCUAUCUUGUCAUCCCAAUACCACCUGGUUCCUGGUUCCUUGUGUUUUUUGU